CAUCUUGCUGUGCGUCAGUGGUUUCCGUUACACACGGCGGAGCACAGUGCAGGCAGGAAAACACAUUUUCUUUUAGCUUAAUGUAUAAAAGUUAUGUGUUAACGAGAAACAGACUGGAGAUGAUGCGGCUCUGAGACAAACUGCUCACCAGCCAAAGAGCGAUGUGGAUGUGUUUGACGUCCCAACUCUGCGUUUGGGAAAAUAUGUAUCCUUUAGUCCUGCGCUCACACGAGAAAGGUUUCUCCACCUGAAUCACGGAGACGUAUUGGAGAAAAAAGCAGCAGAACUGAAGCAAUAUGUCUGUCUACAAGAAUCAGCAGCCCUCUCUAAAGAAGUUCCGACUGAGUUUUUACAUCUGUGCAGUCGUCGUCAUCCUCUAUCUCAUCAAGCUGAUCUGGAACUACAGGCCUGACAGGAGCUUCCAGUCCUGGAUCCCGCCCCGCCCGGCACCCCUAAAACCCAUCCCAGUGCCUCCAAGUUGUUCAGGGAAAAUAGUUCCUCGGGAACAAAAUGGGACCUUCGUGGCAGUCAUCGGGACGAAGACACAGCUGGUAGCAGCUUAUUGGGAGCACCGCACAGGAAAAAAAGAGGUUCGUGUUGUUGCAGUGGUGCUGAGGAGCGAGGCAGUAGACUAUUACUGCCAUCUCUGUUGUCAGGGCAAACUGAACAGCACUAAAGGUGUCAUCGACAUCAUCCCUUAUCACUUUGGCUUUGCGUACGGGACAGCAUACAUCAUGUGUCCUCUCCCCUCAGGCUGUGAUACCCCAUCUCAUAUUGCUGUGACCUCUGCUGCCGACUCUAAAGACAAACUUGAGUUUUUGGAGGUGAAGAACAAGAAGGCGAAAAGCGACUCCUUUCCUUACAACUUCACCGUCUGCUUCUCCACCAUGUAUAAUUUCAAGAACGUGCUGCAGUUGGUCCAGAGUUUGGAAAUGAUGCAGUUACUGGGGGUGAACAGAGUUGUCAUCUAUAAGACCAGCUGCAACGACGAUACACAGCGCAUUCUGGACUACUACACACGCAAAGGUUUAGUAGAGGUGAUUCCUUGGUCUAUGUCCAGAUUUCUGCGUGUAUCUGAUGGCUGGAAGCCUAAUCUCAAUCCAGGUGACAUCCACUACUACGGCCAGAUCCCUGCUCUCAAUGACUGUAUUUACAGAUACAUGUACCAAUCCAGAUACGUGGCCCUGCAUGACACAGACGAGCUCAUACUGCCCCAGUCAGUCAACAGUUGGUUGGAGCUGUUGCCGCUGCUGGAAAAGACAUAUGGCGUUGACAAGGGUUACAUGUUUGAGAAUUACGUGUUCCCCAUCAGGCCUCCUCCUCCCUCCAAAACUCCGCCCCCGCAGAACCACGACUGGAAGAAUGUGUCCGGGGUGAACAUCCUGGCUCACCUGUACCACGAACCCGUCACUUCACUGAAUCAAUACAACUACAAGAUCAUUGUCAAUCCUCGAGUUGUGUUCUGCACGGCCGUCCACGGAGAGAUGAGCUCACAGAUUGGUUCCAGCGUUGACAGUAAAAUAGCACGGAUGUACCACACAAGAGCUCCAGCACAACCCAAGCUGACAGCAGACCGGCUGAUUUAUGACGACCGACUGCUGAAGUACAGCGCCCACCUCACACGGAGUGUCGAUACUGUGCUCAGAGACAGUGGACUUCUACCACAGAACAGCACACAGUAGCCUCUGUUCGUAUCUGUGUGAAUGUGUGUGCUUUCAUCCUUGUGACAAACAAUCUGGAAAGGGAGGACAUUUUGUCUCUUCCUCACCUCUUCAAAAGGCUGUCUGAGGUAUAAGACUAUCUAAAAAGUAAAAAAUAAAAAAGCAUUUCUCCUCAGGGAUCAAAGAAUUUCUGAUUCUGAUCUAGACAUGUUUUAAGACACACAAAAAAUACUCUGCUUUGAAUAAUUUGUGUCUCAUAUUGUUUCUCAACAAAACAUUUAAUUACCUCGAUAAAAAUUAUUCAAAUUGCAAACUUCUCCUCCUUUAUUGACAAAUCCAGAAUCUAUGAAUCUGGUUUAGGCUAAAAGGAUAAUUCAGCUCCAUUAUUCCCACCACUAAUAAUUACAUUGUACUCACUAAGUUAAUUGAUGAGAUCUGGGAGCACAGUAACAUUGCUAAAAAUAAGUCGAAUGGGGUAAGAAACAAGCAGCCACAUGAUUAGACAUGUUUUAAACAAACGUAAUUUGGAAGAGAAACUAAGGCGAACGGUAAACUGUCAUUUGUAAAUAUCAUCAAAUUUGUAUAUUUGGUCUCACACCUAUGACCAUGGAAAUUGAUAGUCUGCCUUGUAAGCCCAUUUGGGCUGGGCAUCUAUUGAUGCAAGAUAUGAUAUCAGAAUAUAGAUCACCGUGUGUGUGUGUGUGUGUGUGUGUGUGUGUGUGUGUGGAGGGAUCUCUUUGAAUUACAAAUGUCCUCAAAUACACCACAAAUAAAACAACACAGUUGUGUUGAAGUUAAAGUUGCGCUAGAAGCUGAAAUCAAUGUUUCCUAUCCCGUGUAAGCCUCCAACUCAAGUACAACUAUGACAUUUACAGUACAGUCAAUAAUUUGCUGCAUCCAGACAGACAUACAACAAUGACGACAACAAGUUUAUGAUGAAGCAUUGAGUCUUAGAUUGUGAACAUUAUGAGCAAACAGUUGAGAGUUUAAGUCAAGGUAACACCAUAUUGAAAAACCAUGCAUGUAUAUGUCCUGAAAGUGAUUGCCUGAGGUGGAAGGUAUAUUUACUCAAGUUCUGGUACUUGUGGAAAAACCAUACAUGACCUAAAAUAUUAUUCAAAGCAGAGUGUUUUAUAAUUUUAUUUUAUUUAUAAUAUCCGCUAAAAAUUAGCAAACGUGUGAGUGAAACGAGCUGGAUUGAUUGAAAAGGAGCGUACCUGUUCUGUCAGAUGCACUGAAGUAGACACUCCAUAAGUGUUAAAUAAGUUGUAGUAUUGAAAUCUUUAGGAUUUAUCCUCUGGGGACCAUGAAUGUUCCAAGUUUCAUAGCAAUUAUUCCAAAGUUUAAAUAUAUUUUUAACUUUUAAGAAAACAUGCUGAAGUUCCAGGUGCUGUGGGGAACACAAAUAUGUGUCCUCUCCGUUGAAAGUAACAGGGGAAAUAAGUGCUAUAGUGCACACACAGCUUCAUAACAGCAACAAAGUUCACUCAGUCAUUUCUCAGUCAAACUCAGUGCCAUGAGACUGUGGAGCACAAGCAGUGGAGUCGACCCUCUGGUGUUCCUGUUUACCGUUGAUUUGUGUUACUGAUGUACUUUGUCCUGAGUGCACUCCUUGGUUGUAUUGUGUCUGACUGUUUGUUGGUUACAGUCUGUCUGAUUGUACUUCCAUCUGCAUUGUGCCACGUUCAGUCCCAAAGGGAAUCUCCUGCUGCAGAGGAGCAGUAAAGUAAUACUGCUGCUACUUUGUCACAUCCUGCACAUUCAGCACAUACUCCUGCAUGGCACAGGAAUAGACAUCAUCUGGAGAAGAGGUCUUCAUGAAGACCAGUCAACCUGUGGCACCACCAGUUGUGAAAGAAACACUCAAAUCUUUGGCUUAGAGGAUAGGUUCACAAUUUUUCAAGUCAGUUUUUCAAAGUUACAGUUUUUGUAGUAUCAAAUGUUCCACAGACAGUGUUUCCUUGUUGAGCUGCGUCGGAGGAACAGCAACACAGAGGUCAUUUUGCACUAAAAAGACAAACUUAGCACAUUAGGAACAGAUCUUUUUACAGCAAGCAAAACCCUGUUUCAGUGUUCAUAUGGGUACCUGACAAUUGUUCCAAGACAGGCUUGAAGAAAUGUGAACCUACCCUUUAAGUAAAGC